UUGAAAUCCACUACAGAGAAAGUAAACAUGGAUGUUGGGUGAAUAUCAGUAGGCCUAUCUAGAUUUUUAUUAUUAUUUUAUCAUGGAUCGAAAAUCGCAAUAUAAACACAAAGCUGAUGACGUACAGAAGAUCAGAGACCGAACUAGAAAUGAGGAUGUCGCACUAAGGAAAGAGAAGAAGGAAAAAGCUCUGAAUGCAAAAAGGUUCCGGUUUAUAACAGAGGAGGAGGCUGGGGCCGAGGUCACACAAGACGAGGUGAGAAAUGCAACAGCAGGCCUUCAGAAACCUGGUCCUCAUCGACUGGAGAACCUGAAAUCACUAAAACAUGCCUUCUCCCAGGGAACUGUGUAUAUUGAUGCUUUCUUCAGUAUAGAUAACUCUUUGAGGUGGCUAGUGAGUCUGUUCACUGGACAGGAUGUUGAACUACAACAGGAGGCUGCCUGGUGUAUAACCAACAUAUCUGCAGGGACACACCAACAUGCUGUUGCCAUUGCUAAAUAUGUUGCACCCUACCUUGUUACUUACCUGAGCAGUUCGGUACCGGUGAUACAGGACCAGAGUGCUUGGGCACUAGGGAAUUUGGCUGGAGACAGCAAGGAAAGUUGUACCAUGAUACAGGCCCAGGGGGUUGUUCUGCCUCUUGUACAACUUCUACAGUCACCUCAUCCAUCAGUUGUACAGUCGGCUUCAUUUGCCCUGUCUAAUAUGGCCAAGGAAUCACAGGACAUAGCAAGGGAGAUUGUCCUGGCGAAGGCAUUGCCCUUACUUCAAUCCCUACUGGUCAACACACCAGAGAACCAAGGCAUUUUGACAGAAGUCUCCUGGGUCCUUUCCUAUCUGGCUGCAAGUGGAGAGUUCAGUGAGGAGAUGGCAGGACUGGGCAUGCUUACACAGAUUGUUGAUAUCCUUGUCCAGCUUGUAUCCACCAAUCCCCACAUAGCUCAGAUAGUGACGCCAUUGCUCCGUUGCCUUGGUAACAUGUGUAGUGGUCCAGAUGAGUACACACAGAUGGCGUGUGUAAACCCUGCCCUCCUCCAGACCCUCGCUGCCUAUCUGGCCUCCAGUCACCGGCACAUCCGCAAAGAAACCCUCUGGGUCCUCUCCAACAUGGCAGGAGAGCCCCAUACCUGUCACACAAUGAUUUUUGGACCCCUCCUUCCAGUCGUUCUUGAUCAAGUCGCUGGAGCCUAUGACAUUAAGAUGGAGGCUCUAUAUGUGCUUUGUAACAUUGCUUGUCAUGGGGAGGAAUUUAGCCUACAGCUGUUGACUAAUGGAAUCCUCCAGAAGUUGGCGCCAGUGUUAAAGGCACAUGAUGUGGAGAUUCUGAACUUAGGAUUAGCACUAACUGAACUGAUACUACGAAAUACUGAUGAGAUAUUUUGUGUUAAGGGAAAGAAAGUGUUGGAGGAAUGUGGAGGGCUGGAUGGACUAGAAGCGCUGGAGUAUCACAAUAAUCUACAGCUACGCGAGCGUGCCUGUAACCUACUGGAGACCUACUUCUACUUAGAAUCAUAACAGGAUUAACAAAAACAAAACAGAUCUGAAGGUGCUGGACUGCCACGGUGCUGGACUGCCACGGUGCUGCCACGGUGCUGGACUGACACGACGCCAGAGUGAGAAGACGCGUCACCAGAAUCAUAGCAACAUUUCAUGGGGAAAUGAAAGACACCAACAAUAACGAGUGGAUUUAUUGGUUUAUAUAUCCAGGACGUGUCGUUUAUAAUGUACAUAGUUUUACUCUGGACAUCUAUUCGGGAAUAUGGCAGCAUUAUAGCUUCCUUUCUGAGAGCAAAGUUCUAUCAGUACUGGUACUGGAAUUAUGAUUAUUAUAAUGACAACAGUAUAUGAUACGAGUGUCUGCUAUUUCAGUUUUACUUGGUGAAAAGAAUGUAUUGUAAUUGUAAAUAAAUUAUAUUUUCUUUAUGUAUUUUACCAAAAUUGGAAUAUGUAAAAGAAUGGUUUACAUUUUUGAAAUAAAACAACGUA